AUGGUCCAAGAUGGUUCUAGGGGGAUACAGCUAGUCACGAUGCGUUCCGUCAAGGUAAUUAAGGCUGCGUUUGUUUCAAAAUGGAAGAUCAUCACACAACCGCAAGAGAAAAUUGGUUUUGGAUGGAAUGAUGAGUUGAAAAUGAUAAUUGUCUCAAAACAAGUUUAUGAUGAAGAGAUAACGACUGUCCUCACAUGGAAUGACGUGGUGAGGCAGAAUUGGUUGAGUGACGAAGGGACAAAGGGAAGUUGGCCCGGAGGUGAUUUUCAAUCCCCAAAGACAAAUACAUUACGUACUUUGGUGCCCCAUCCAGACCACUACUGUUCAGGAACACAUGGUUCCAUGGAUUCUUGA